GUGAAAGCGGCGGUAGAUAGCCGAGCACCAUGCCGGACCAUUUCGGAGGAGUUCCUAGAUACCGAUCUUGUUGAAAGCGAACGGCUCAACCAGGACAUCAUGGGCGCAAUCACCUGUCCCAACCAUCAAAACUUCGUCGGCAAAGUCAGAUUAAGGAUUGAAGGGAUUGGCUGUUCAAUCGACGACCGGGCGGUGUACUGUGUCGUGAAGGACAACCACCGAGAAUUGAUCUUGAACGUGUCUGACAGCGAUAUCAACGCCAAGCCAGCACUCUUACCCUUUGGGCUU